AUGCCACCCAAACGACGUUGCCAGAUCCCUUUGGUCAUCCCACCUGCAAUAUCAGACCCCCACCCGACUUUACAUCAUGCAGUCUCCCCUCAACGAACGCGCUCGGGAAAAUCGUUUCAAGCACCUGUACAAUCUUCCACAACCUCGCGACACAGGCGUCCCAGACAUUUGACCCCAGGAUCUCCACCCCACUCACUUCCUCGAACUGCCCGGAAACAAAAGUCCCGGACAGUUGUUGAAGACAGCGAUAGUGACGAAUCAACCGAUGAUGAAACGUAUCGGCCUCCGACUACCCGGCCGCGUUGCGGAAACGCCCCGAACAAGCUCACCGUGGUUGGAAGCCAACCCAAUCAGCAGAUGCCCGGCGAGCUGAAUGAAUGUAUUUUCACCGGCAUCGAAGGAACCCGACAGCCGCCUUGA